AUGGCUGAAUUCGUUCGUGCUCAGAUUUUUGGGACCACCUUCGAGAUUACCUCGAGGUACUCGGAUCUCCAACCUGUUGGAAUGGGUGCUUUUGGACUUGUUUGCUCCGCCAAAGACCAGCUCACCAGCGCCAAUGUCGCCAUCAAGAAGAUCAUGAAGCCCUUCAGCACUCCCGUACUUGCCAAGAGAACAUACCGAGAGCUCAAGCUGCUGAAGCACUUGAAGCACGAAAAUGUUAUCUCCCUCAGUGACAUCUUCAUCUCUCCACUGGAAGAUAUCUACUUCGUCACCGAAUUGCUCGGCACCGAUCUCCAUCGCCUCCUCACCUCUAGACCUCUUGAAAAGCAGUUCAUCCAGUACUUUUUGUACCAGAUCAUGCGCGGACUGAAAUACGUGCACUCGGCCGGCGUUGUCCAUCGCGAUUUGAAGCCAAGCAACAUUCUGGUCAACGAAAACUGCGAUUUGAAGAUUUGCGACUUCGGUCUGGCUCGCAUUCAAGACCCCCAGAUGACGGGUUACGUUUCGACGAGAUAUUACCGCGCACCCGAGAUUAUGCUCACGUGGCAAAAGUAUGAUGUUGAGGUGGAUAUUUGGAGUGCCGGUUGCAUCUUCGCUGAGAUGCUUGAGGGCAAGCCCCUUUUCCCUGGAAAGGACCAUGUCAACCAGUUCUCCAUCAUUACUGAACUCUUGGGCACGCCCCCCGAUGAUGUUAUCAACACCAUCGCCAGCGAGAACACCCUGAGAUUUGUCAAGUCCCUUCCCAAGCGCGAACGACAACCGCUGAAGAACAAAUUCAAGAACGCCGAUCCUGCUGCCAUCGAUCUUUUGGAGCACAUGCUCGUGUUCGAUCCCAAGAAGCGGAUAACGGCCACCGAGGCGUUGUCGCACGAAUACCUGGCACCAUAUCACGAUCCUACCGAUGAGCCAGUUGCCGAGGAGAAGUUCGACUGGAGCUUCAACGACGCUGAUUUGCCAGUUGACACAUGGAAGAUAAUGAUGUACUCGGAAAUUCUGGACUAUCACAACGUCGAGGCCGGCAGUGUUUCCAUGGAGGGUCAAUUCGCGGGUCAAUGA